CCAAAACGUAAAUAUGUAGGAUCCAUGUAUUUAAUAUAGACAUCAAAUAAAGACAACACUAAUAUGGAUAUUGAUAUUUGUUACCUUAUCCUAAAAUCAAACAUAUUAAUUAUAUAUUACUAUUUACUUAGAAGUGUGAGUCUAUCAUUACUUACUAAUGUUUGUUGUACAUAUGUGACUAGGUAUGAGUCCAAAUUAGUUGAGGAAAUCAUCAAUGAUGUUUUAGAGAAAUUUAGUUAUAUGCCUAAAAAUGAUGAUUCUUAUGAUCGCAACUUGAUUGGAAUUGAAUCGCGUGUAGAAAAAGUGGAAUGGUUGAUAAAUGAUAAGCAAGUUAUGGGGAUUUGGGGGAUGGGAGGCAUUGGUAAAACAACUAUUGCACAAGAAGUAUUUCGCCGAAACAAGAAUAAAUUUGAUGGUCAUUGCUUUGUGGAAAAUGUUAGGGAAACAAUGACAAAGCAAUCAUCAAAAUCAGUACGAGACAAAAUCAUUUGUCAAUUAUUAAGAGACAAAAAUUUACAUAUAGACACAUCGGAUUUGGAUGUUUUUACUAGGAGAAGGCUCCAGAGUAUUAAAAUAUUCAUUGUUUUUGAUGAUGUAGAUGAUUUUAACCAUUUAAAAAAUUUAGCAGGAGAGCGUGAUUUGUAUUGUGAGGGAAGUAGAAUCAUUGUAACUAGUAGAUAUCGGCAAGUACUUGAAUAUGUUUGUUCAAAGGAUGGCAUAUAUGAGGUUGAGAAUUUAAUUCAUUCUCAAGGUUUGGAACUCUUUAGCUUGCAUGCCUUCAAGCAAAAUCUUCCCAAGGAAGGAUAUAUGGAGCUAUCAGAGAAGGCAACAACCUAUGCUGGAUUCAAUCCAUUAGCUCUUAAAGUUUUGGGAUCUCAUUUAUUUAAUAUGGGGAUAGAAGAAUGGAAAAGUGAAUUGAAAAAAUUGAAAGGCGAAUCUCUUGAGAAAAUUCAAUAUGUUUUGAAAACAAGUAAUGAUGAGCUUGGAAAGAUUGAAAAGAAAAUAUUUCUUGAUGUUGCAUGUUUCUUCAAAGGGCAAAAUAAAGAUGAGGUUGAGAGAACAUUAGAAGUAUUUGGUUUCUAUCCAAAAAGUGGAAUACCUCGCCUAAUUAAUAAAUCUCUCAUAACUGUUUCGUCACUCAAUGAGAUUCAUAUGCACGACUUGCUGGAGCAAAUGGGCAAGGAUAUUGUUAUUAAGGAAUGCAAACAGCCUGGAGGAUGUAGCAGGUUGUGGAAUUAUGAAGAUAUUAGUCACGUAUUGACAACAGAAAUGGGAACCGAAAAUGUCGAAGGCAUAUUGCUUUAUACGCCUUGGAGCUGUAGUUUGAAGCUAAGUGCCACGGCCUUUAUGAAGAUGUGCAAUCUUAGAUUCGUCAAAGUCACGCGUGAUCCGAGGAAUAUCAUUGAAUUUUGUCCAAGCCAAGUGCACCUUCCUCACAACUUUGAAUUUUGCCCACAAAUGCUGAGAUAUCUUCACUGGGAUUAUUAUCCUCUAGAAUCUUUGCCACUAAACUUUUGGCCAAAUAAUCUAGUGGAACUUUAUAUGCGUCAUAGCAAACUCAUACAACUGUGGAAUGGAGGAGAUAAGGUACAGUUUAUAAGAACUCUUGGAAAUUUGAAAUUAAUGGACCUCAGCUACUCUUAUAACCUGAUCGGGAUUCCGGACUUGUCGAGUAUUGCCCCAAAUCUCGAGUUUUUAUAUUUGAAAGGAUGUUCAAGUUUGGUUGAAAUUCCCUCUCUUCAAAAUCUGAAGAUUCCGCGUAAUAUAAAGUUUUACACUGGAAUAGAACGACUGCCCUCAUCAAUCAAGCAUCUGUCUCAACUUUUCAAAUUGUCCUUGAAUCGGUGUGAUAAACUCGUGACUCUUCCAAGCAGCAUUGGCAAUUUGAAACGUCUUGAAGGACUUCAUCUCGGUCAAUGUUCAAGACUCGUGACUAUCCCAAGCAGCAUAGGCGAGUUGAAAUGUCUUGAAAAAUUAUUUCUCUCUUACUGCUCAAAUUUAGCAAGUCUUCCAGACAGCAUCAAACAACUUUCGAAGUUGAAACAGCUUGUUUUAAGCAGAUGCGUGAGUCUUAAAAGUUUACCAGAGCUUCCAUCAUGCUUAAAAUACUUAAUUGCAAGUGAUUGCCCCUCUCUGGAAUCUGCAUCAAUUUCUUUCCAUUUCUUAGAACAUGAAGAUGAAAAUGAAGAAGCAGAUAAAAGUGAAGAUGAAAAUGAAGAAGCAUAUAAAAGUGAAUUUGAAGAUUGCGCAUUUCUUAAUUUUAGUGAUUGCGUCAAAUUGAAUAAGAAAGUAAUGGAGGAUGUUUUUGAAGCGCAUCUGUUGGGUCAGAAAGUUAGACUAUACAUGGAAGGACGUGAAGUGCCAGAAAGGAUGAGAUAUAAAAAUAAAGGGCCAUUGCUUUCAUUCAAACUUGACCUUCGUCACUUAAUUGCCUUCUCUUUCUGCGUUGCUCUUUAUUCCACGAAAAAAAUUUGUUGUUACCCAGGAAGAAUUGAAUGUAGAGUGGAUUUCAUAUAUGAAUCUGGAAAUAGGCAGGGACGUAAUAAAUUCAUCUUAUUUAUGAAUUCUGAUUGGUUAUUAUGAAGGUCCGUGGUGUUGGAACUCAUCACACUUGUUGCUUUCAUUCAAUGGAUUGAGGACACGUUUUGAUGAAGAGUGUUUCGUUAAGGCCUCAUUUUGCUUCACCACUGACGAUGACGAGGAGUAUAUUAUGAAGUGUGGGGUACAUCCUAUAUAUAGUAGAAAUAAAAGGGGAAGCAGAAAUCAAGGGCAUCAGGAUGACGGGGAAUAUUGGAAAACAACUUGCAGAGAAGAAGAAUAAAUAAUGAGGAAGAAGAAGAGGAAGAGGAGGCUUCUUCUUCUUCACUCGAUCUAAAUCUCUCUAUCUCUUCCCGCUUCCUCUUAGCCAAACCCUACUCACGUUCACUACAGCUCUAUCAUCUCCUUAUUUGGUUCUUAACAACGGGCCGCUCCAUAUUUUAGAAAGAGAGGGAUGACUAUACAGGAGAAUAAUUGAGCUCAAAUCAGGGGGAAAAAACAGGUGAAAUGAUAAAUACUAUUUUCGUUAUAUGUAAUGUAAUCAAUAUUGCAAUAUAAUAUGUUGUUAUGUGAACAUAUAAUCUAUUCUGUCAUCCACAUUACUACAUUAACUUCGAAAUCCAAUGAUUGACUGAAACUGAACCUUCUUCACUUCCAAAUCAACUAACAUAAACAUUGCAAAUAAACUACAACUCUCUAACCUGAAGAAUAAAUAGCCUUUA